CUCUCGGUUUGCGUUGAGCCGGAUCCACCUCCCGCAUCCAAACCACGGAGUCCGGUAAGCCUUGACGACAUCGAUGAUUCACACAAGACCACAAUUGGAAAUGGAAAAAUUGGAAUUCUAGAACGCCAAACCCGGUGCCACAUGGCACUUCAGCAUGGUCACUGUUUCUUAUAAAAGGUUGUGGUCGCAGGUCUCAGCUUCGAAUUUAAAAUCUAUAUAUUCUUCACUCUCAUUGUCAACGUACAGUAUUUGAUUAUCUCUCGUCAUCAUGAAGAUCUCCUGGUCCAUCAUUGCCAUCGCUCUCGGUCUUUCCACCACCGUCGUCGCCGGUGGGUGUAAGACCUCCGAGUGCUGCGACAAAGAAGCCAACAAGUGUCGCACGGCUAAGGGCGCCAACCAGGCGUACUGUUCCGCAGAGAAGGCCAAGUGCUAUGUUGGGGCAGGACUCAAAGAUCCUUUUGGAGGAUAAACGGGUGUGAGACAGGGUUCUUUCUUCUCAAAUCUAGCUUCUGUGUUCUGUUUAUUGAUUGAUGCCAAUGUUGCUCGUUGUCA